AGUGAAAAAAAAGUGGAGAGAAUCGCUGGAUAGGACCACGUCAUGAUUUGUAAUCCCGUUGAUUUAUUUUGUGCGGAUGACAGAUUGCUGGGAUACUCGCUCGUUGGUUAGAUUGACACCAUGCUCGUGCAAGUUGAAGGGGAAUAAAAAUCUCCCAGUGCUCUUUUUGAAGGGGUGUGUUACACAUGAAAGUUGGAGACCAACGCAAUAACGAUUGUGUUGUAAAGUGUAUCAGCGGUGUUGCAGGUGUAGGCACCGUGACAAAUUUCGGCAGCUCAAGAAUGGGGCUGGGCUACUAAGUCAGGUGUGUUGUAUUUUAAGAGCAGCUUAAAUUUACCACAGUAGUUCUACAGCCCACACACCACAGAUUUAGCGAUGAAUUUGCUACAAUUGAAGGAACUGUCUCAGUCUGAUCUGUAUCGAAGGCGGCAGGAGCGGCAUGACAGCAUUGGAACUGCUGUUUUAGAGACGAGGAAGUUAAGCAACAUGGCAAAUGCUCUGGCUAAUGCCAUGUGCGAGCGAUGCAAAAGUGGCUUUGAACCAGCGGAGAGGAUUGUGAACAGCAACGGAGAGUUGUAUCAUGAGCAGUGUUUUGUAUGUGCUCAAUGCUUCCAGCAGUUCCCAGAAGGCCUGUUCUAUGAGUUUGAAGGGCGAAAAUACUGCGAACAUGAUUUUCAGAUGCUUUUUGCACCCUGUUGUCAUCAGUGUGGUGAGUUCAUUAUUGGCCGAGUGAUUAAAGCCAUGAACAAUAGUUGGCAUCCAGAAUGUUUCCGCUGUGACCUCUGCCAACAGAUUCUUGCAGACAUUGGAUUUGUAAAGAAUGCUGGGAGGCAUCUUUGCCGCCCAUGCCAUAACCGUGAAAAGGCCAGGGGUCUGGGGAAAUAUAUCUGCCAGAAAUGUCAUGCCAUUAUCGAUGAACACCCACUUAUAUUCAAGAAUGAUCCUUAUCACCCUGAUCAUUUCAAUUGUGCAAACUGUGGAAAAGAGCUGACGGCUGAAGCUAGAGAGCUGAAAGGAGAACUGUAUUGCUUGCCAUGCCAUGAUAAAAUGGGUGUCCCCAUUUGUGGUGCUUGCCGAAGACCAAUUGAAGGACGUGUAGUCAAUGCAAUGGGCAAACAGUGGCAUGUGGAGCAUUUUGUAUGCGCCAAGUGUGAGAAACCUUUUUUGGGUCAUCGUCACUAUGAAAGGAAGGGAUUGGCUUAUUGUGAAACACACUAUAAUCAGCUAUUCGGUGAUGUUUGCUACCACUGUAACCGUGUGAUUGAAGGUGAUGUGGUAUCUGCUUUGAAUAAAGCUUGGUGUGUCAACUGUUUUGCCUGUUCAACUUGCAACACCAAGUUGACACUUAAAAACAAGUUUGUGGAGUUUGAUAUGAAGCCUGUUUGUAAGAAAUGUUAUGAGAAAUUCCCUCUGGAGUUGAAGAAAAGACUGAAGAAACUGGCUGAAAGUGCUGGGCGCAAAUAAGGAGACCAAUGAGUAACAGCCAAUUUCCAGAAGACAUUGUUUCAGAUUCAAAAUUAUUUCCAAAUAGAGUAAAACUCCAAUAAUCCAAUAAUUUGCAUUCUGGAAAUCCUGGUGGUUUGGUAUCUGGCUCAGUGGAACUCCGGAUCCUGUGCACCCUUUAAACUCACUGGGACCUACAUUCCCGUGCUGGCUUUAAACUCUCUGGGACCUAUGUUCCUGUGCCGGCUUUAAACUCGCCGGGUAAACAUGAAGAUGCAUUAUUCUGCUGUGUAGCAUCUUAAGAGUAAAAAGAGUAUUAAUGGUAGUCAUCCAAUAUUCUGAAAUAUCUAUCAGUUUGGCACUACCAAAGUCCUGAGUUUGUUGGAUUAAAGAGUAUUACUGUAUUUACCUGUCAUUAAAUUAAUCUCCUAAAUUCAACCGAUUUUGAAAGUUACCACAGAAGAAUAGUUUUAACUUUGCAGAGCCAUAUCCUUUUGUUCAAUUUUAAAUUUAUUUUAAAAUAAUCGAUAUUUGAAGACACCAGACUGCAGUUGCUGGAAACUUGAGCAAAAAUAACAACUUGAUGGAGGAACUAAACGGGUCAGGCAAAAUCCAUAUUUGAAAGUUGUUUCCUCCAUCAUGUUGUGAUGCUACCCAAGUAUAACCAGGUUUGUUCAUUAAUUGGACUAUUUAAAUAUAACCUUUUUCCCUGAUUGUUCAGAAAUUACAAAACCAAUAUUGUCAGACUAUGUGAUGCAUCCUCAUUUUGUUUUGUAUACAGUAUUAUACCCUCCCCUUCCAUUAUCUGUGAGAUUGAGUAUGUGAAUAUAUUUUGGGAACCCAGAUUUCACAUCUCUGACAUAACAUCCUAAACACAUUGCACCAUGCUGCCAUCUCCAAAAAUGGUGAAUUGGAUUUUUUUUCCAAAAAUGGUACUAGUUAUAUGGUACAUGUUGUUAAACCUCCGAAUGCAUACCCAGCAAUUGAAAAUAGUGGAAAACUAACAGUAGAGGGAUUUAAUAUAUAAUCUAUUUCACGCAUGUAGAAACAAGGCUUAUAAUUCAGCAAUCCAAAACAUCUUGACGCAAUUUGAAAUGCUUCGAUUAGCAGCAUGUAACAAUGUAGUUUACUUUAUAUAUUUCACACUGUGCUUACACUACAAUCAAUGCUUCUUUCACUCCACUAAAAUGAAUUUAUGGAUUUAUAGACAUGCGAUCAAAUGAAAGAGAAGCACAGUUCCACAUUCCUUCAUUGUGUACUGUAUUGUAUUGACCAGUAUAUUUCAAUGUAUAUUCAAAUGAUAUAUGCAUAUAAACCUUCACUAUUUUUGUACAGUUUAUAAUCAUUUUAAGAUAUUGAUUGUAAGACACUGCAUUAUUCAGAAAUAACUGGAAUAUCUUGUGCAUGAGAACUGCUUGUCAAGAUCAAUGAGCAACUUUAAAACAUGCAAGGAUUAUGCACUUGGUAGGAUUUAAUAUUGAAAACUAUUACAAGGUUUAAAAUAGAAUACCUAAAUAAUUCAAGAAGGUGUUAAUUACACCAACUGUCAUCGAGUGGCCUCCUUGUACAUUUAUGACUGAUAUCUCGCACAUUAAUAUUUCAAGUAAAAAGGCACUGUAACAACAACUGCAGGACUCAGUUUUGACAGAAAAUAGUUCUGUUUGCAUGCUUUUAAAUUGUACAAUUUGUUUAUUGCUUAACGUAUUUAGCAUGGUAGAUAACUGUAAUACAACAAAGGAAUAAAUCCAAUGGUUUCCCUACAAAUACUUGAAAGCAAAACUGGUCAACUGCUACAUUUAUAUCUUUUAAUGUUCUGCAAAAAAUAUUUUUAAUGCUCCAGGAAAACUUGAUUGCUAAAAUAAAGUGGACUGGUAUAUCUACAGAGUAUUUGUUCUUGCUCCUUUAUAGUUUGAGGUGCUUUACAAACUAUAAUCGAUGCAAAAUUUGUACUGUUUUAUAAGGUUUAAGUUAAUGCAAAUACUAAAACUAUUGGACAUGCUAACAGUUUGCAGUAACUUUUUUUGGGUAUAUUUCAACAUAUUAAUUGAAAUGCUGGUGCUACAUAACGAGAUGACCUAAAAACGAGUUCAUCUCAAAUUUUAGUUUUCUAAUUAGUCACUGAUACAUUCUAGUGGAAGUUAUGAAAUGCCAUCAGUACAUUAAUUUCUUAAACUAAAGAUGUUUGUCCGGUUGAGUGGGGAAGCGCAACUGAAUUUAUUUUCUUAUUAAAGAAUGUAUUUUUUUGUGUAUCACCCAUACAGUGCCCUAGUAUUCAGUAUUAUGUAAUAAAAGAUAUAUAUUGUGAA